AUGGGGCUGUUUAUUCUCUUCUUCUUCUUCUUUUAUGUCCAGGCCGAUAUCCUUGCACUGCCUUCCAACUCCACCCAGCCCGAUCUGAGGUCCAGCGGUUUUUACAUCGAGGGAGACACGCCUCUGACUGGCCAAAGGGUAACUCCGUUGACGCCUGAUCUGAUCGGGAAGAGCGACAGACAACUCAAGUCCUUCAAUGUCACCGGCACUGCCACACAAGUCAUCCCUGGGAAUUCUCUCGAUCUAAAAGAUACCGAGAUCGCCUUCAUAUCGUGCGACCAGGACGAUUAUAGCGGUGGAUAUCUCGGGGUGAGCGAGACAAUUGAAUACGUCACUUCGACUCAUUCGGCGGCCGCACACCUGCCAGCCGCAGUCGUGCUGUAUAGCAAGACCGCAGCCCACUGUAAUCUCUCGGCCGAUGUCACAAGCACGGCGCGAUAUCCCGAUAUCUUCACCUUUCAACGCUGGCACAGCUAUCACGCAUUGCUACGUGCCUUGAGGGAAGAACGACUCACUAUCAGCAUCGUUUCAAAGUCCGCAAUGAACGGGGUUCCAACUGAUGCUGGGGGCACCGGAGGGGGCUCUGGAGACAGCCCCAAUACUGCCAUGAUCAUCCUCUACAGCAUCACAGGCAUCAUCACUGCCCUGUUCUUAGGAAUUAUUAUUACCGGCGCAGUCCGAGCCCAUCGCCAUCCAGAGCGAUAUGGCCCUCGUCGGAUUGCCGGAAGAGUGCGACAAAGCCGGGCCCGAGGUAUAGCUCGAGCUAUGUUAGACACCAUACCGGUGGUCAAAUUUGACGAUAAGAAUGAUGACGUGGAAGCUGCGAAACAUCACGUCGAGAUGUCCUUGGACCCUGAAAAUCCCACCCGCGAGCACCCUCCCAUUCAAGGCGAAGGAGUUACUGGGGUAUUGACUCCCCGAGACUCUGAGCUGCCAACCCCGAUCGAUCAGGAGCGCCCCACCCCCACAGCCCCAGAAGCCAAGAACGAAACGAUGCCUGACGCAGGCAACUUCUCGUGUCCGAUUUGCACAGAUGACUUCAUCAAAGGCCAAGACUUACGUGUUCUACCUUGUAAUCAUCAGUUCCACAUGGAAUGCAUUGACCCAUGGUUGAUCAAUGUCUCUGGCACCUGUCCGCUCUGUCGCAUCGACCUCAACCCACCUCAGGCCGAGAACCCCGAUGAAAAUGAUGAAAAUGCUGAUCACCCCGAUCACCCCGACCACCCAUCCACCGAAGGCGCAGCACCGCUGACUCCGGAAGAAGCUCGCCAACAAGCCCGUCAGCAAGCCCGACAUACGCAUCGUCGCCUCAGCAACUAUUUGCAUGGUCCUCUCAAUGCGCACCGGAUGCGCGAUGCCACGGUUGAGGAGCGUAUCGCCGCCCUCCGCAGUGUCCGUGAAGCUAACCAGAACGAUUCCCCUGCCCCCGAAGGUGUCCGACGAGGUCUAACCACUCGACUCCGUGACCGAUUCCGUGUCCGCACCCGCGCCCACGGCGGUGAAGCUGAACCCUCUGCUGACGCCGAAACUGCUGCGCCUUCCCCGGCGGCCCCGGCUCCCGUUCAUCUUACGCCAUCUACUGCAUAA